UUAUGCCAAAGUCCAAAUAGGGGAGAGAGAAACAAGAGGCCACGGCCUGCCUUUAUAAGCCAUAGACUGAUGCAGGAACAAAGAGAUCCGAAGAGAUAGAGCUGCUGGACCUAGACAGAAGCUAGAAAAGUAGAGAAGAGGGAUUGCACCCCCAAAAGUUUGCUAGCUGCUGUCAAAGAGGAGAGAUGAUCAAGGGGGAGAAGCAGCUUGGUAGCCAUGAAGAGCAGUUAACAGACGAGAUCAAAGAUGAUGAUCACAUCCCGGAAGGCUAUCUGUUUAAGUCCUUACACAAAUCAAGUUCAAGAAAAGAGGCGUGCUCGCCAAACCCAAGGGAAAGGUCUCAAAUGGACGAAGCACCAAAUCAAACUUCAACAAAGUUGAAUGCUCAUAGCAAGGUUGAGGAAGAUAAACUUGCAUCCACAAGGGCAGAGAUGGGUGAGGUAAGAGAAGAGAACAAUAGGCUAAAAACAAUGUUGUCACGCAUUGUAGAGGACUACCGAUCUCUUCAAUUGCACUUCCAUGACGUUCUUCAACAAAGACAAGGCAAGAAGCUUGCAGACCCUACAACUGCCAUGCCCACCAACAUCAAGGAGCCUGAAUUCGUCUCACUAAGCCUCGGCACGAGCACAAGCAUGCGCAAGAAAGAAGGGAAGAAUACUAGUGUUUACGAAGGCGAAGGGAGAGAAGACUUCAUGGAUACUAAAGAAGGAGGGCUCUCUCUUGGAUUGUCGGACUGCAAAGUUGGUGCAACUAACAAUGCAAAGAUACAGCCUGAUGAGCUGACCUUGAGCCCUCAAGGUAGCUCUGAGGACGCCAAGGACGACGCCUUGGAGGCAGCAGAUCAGCAGUGGCCACCAAGCAAAACGCUAAAGAACUUGAGGAGCGUUGGCGCGGAAGCCGAGGAUGACAUAGGUCCAAUGCAGCAGGCCAAGAAGGCAAGGGUGUCUGUAAGGGCAAGGUGUGAUGCACCAACGAUGAAUGAUGGAUGCCAAUGGAGGAAGUACGGGCAGAAGAUAGCCAAGGGGAACCCAUGCCCCCGUGCCUACUACCGGUGCACAGUGGCAGCAGGAUGCCCCGUCAGAAAACAGGUGCAGAGGUGCGCGGACGACAUGUCGAUCCUGAUCACCACGUACGAGGGCACGCACAACCACCCGCUCUCCGCCUCCGCCACCGCCAUGGCCUCCACCACCUCCGCCGCGGCGUCCAUGCUUACAUCGGGCUCCUCCACCUCCCUCCGCUUCCCCGCCGCCUCGUCCGCCGCCGGCCUCAGCUUCGGCUUCCCGUCGGCGCCGCACGACGCUUCCAAGCACUUCUUCCUCCCGAACGGCGGCGCAGCGUCCAUCACCUCCACCCCGUCCUACCCGACCAUCACCCUCGACCUCACCUCGCCGGCGGCGGCCACCUCACAGGCCUUCUCGCUGAGCAACAGGUUCUCCUCGAGCUUCGGGCACGGCGCGACGAGGUACCAUCCCACGAGCUUCUCCUUCUCCAACUCCGGCCCGAGCGCGCUGUCCGGCGCCGCAUGGCCGGCGGCCGGCGGUGCCGGGUACCUGAGCUACGGGUCGCCAGCUGCGUCGCUGUUCAACGGAAGGCAAAACGGCGGGGAGCUCCCGGCGGUGCUCCACCAGCAGCAGCAGAAGGCUUCCGCGAGCGGGAGCUCGCCUCCGGCGGGCGUGCUCACCGACACGAUAGCGAAGGCGAUCACGUCGGACCCGGGCUUCCACACGGCGCUGGCGGCGGCCAUCACGUCGUACGUCGGCACGCAGGGUGGCAAGUCGCCGGCUGGAGGAGACGGCGGGAGCCAGACGCAGGGGCUUUUAAAGUGGGGGCAGCACCUCGGCCUGGGGCCGUCGCCGUCGAGCGCGGGCGCGGCGUGCUCGUCGGCAGCGAUGCUGGCGCGGUCAUCGCCGACGACGGCAGCGGCGGCGGAGCAGAAGGGUUCGAACGGGCAUCGGUCGUUCUUGCAGCCGUCGCUAGGGCUGUCAGGCUCUCACAGUGCCUCGACCUCCCCUGUGGAGAACAGGGAGCACUGAUCGCGUCGCGUCAGCUGAAGAUUCUGAACGAUGUUUAGUUCACUUCAUUCAAAUGUUUGUCAAAAUUUGGUUGUUUCAUCAUUUUGGUGUAUAUAUGCUGGGGAUAAGUGUGCCAUUUCAGAGGAUAGAUGUCCUGACUCUCACUGUAGGAUAAAGAAAUUGUUUCGGUUCACAACAUACAUGUAAAACAGAGAAUUGAAUUUAUGUUCGUCCAGCCUUUCCUUU